AGCGUUUUGGGUGCAGGGCGAGCGGGCCCCGUCAUGUGCCGGUCAUGAAAAUUGGGCACGAUGGCUAUCAGAAGGUGCCACUGCACGACGUCCAAAGUGACGAAGAGACAGAUUGCCGCAGUUGGCCCAGCGACAGACUUUAUUUGAGCCCAGAGAACAACAUCAGCGAUGACCUCAUCAGGGUUGAAGAAGAGCCUGAAGAGGAGGACAUCAUCUCCCCCGCGGACAAGAAGUCUUGCUUCUACUUCGUAGAGUCUGGGUGGUUCCACUUCCUGGGUGCGCUGGUGAUUUGUGCCAACACGGUGAGUAUCGUGAUGGAGGCCGACUCCGAGGAGCUGGUGAAGAAACUGGAACAAGGGUUGUACUGGCUGGACCAAGGUGCCCUGAUCUUCUACUGCCUGGAGCUCUUUUGCCGCGCUUGCUUCUGGAAGAACCGCCUGUUUUGCGGCACACGGUCCCUGGCGAUGUGGAGCAUGCUGGACUUUCUGGUGGUGGGCGCUGGGGUGUUGGACGCGUGGCUCUACCAGUACGUGGCCCCAUAUUUGCCUGUCAGCAGCGACAGCCUCUCCAACGUCCUGGGGGUGGUCCGACUUCUUCGACUCACGCGCGUGUUCAAAGUCAUCGCCUUCAUGCUGGAGAACGAUCUGUCUUGGACGGAGGGCGCCGGCUUUCAAUCAUUCAUCGGCGGAGUCAUCGCGGUGAAUGCGCUGCUUAUGGGCUGCGAGACGGAUUACAAGUGGGGCGGUUGGCUGGUGAUUGAGAACUUCCUUCUUUGUAUCUACGUCUUCGAGCUGGUGGUCCGCCUGAAACGCCUGGGCCGGGAGUUCUUCUCCUGCGAGAGCCCGGACAUCGUAUGGAAUCUGCUGGAUAUGGCCAUCGUGCUCUCCUCCGCCGGAGAUUCCUGGCUGGUUCCGAUCAUCAACGUCGCAAGGAAGUCCUUUACCAGCCCGGAACAAAUUUCGGAGAAGCACCAUGCGGCCCACGGGGUGAACGUGGGGCAACUGAUGAUGCUGAUGCGCUUGCUGCGGCUGCUUCGAAUUCUUCGCCUCGCAAAGCUUGUGAAGUCAGUGAGGCCUCUAUACAUCCUAGUGGUCAGCGUCACUGCUGCGGUGCAGGGCGUGGUUUGGGUGCUGGUGCUCACCGUCGUGACCUUGUACGCCAUGGGCAUUCUGACGACUCGGCUCAUCGGCCACAAGAUGAUCUUCGAGAUGGGCCAGGAUGUCGAUGAAUCCUUGAUACUGCCGUUCAAGACAGUGCCAGACAGCAUGUUCACCCUCUUCCGCGUGAUGAGCGGUGCCCAGUCCGACUCCGAGUCUGCGGCCUUGGAUAGCAUCAUGGACAACAUCCCGACCUUCAAGUUCGCCUUCGUCUUCUUUAUGGUCACCAGCAGUUGGACUCUUCUCUCCAUCCUGACCGCAGUGGUGAGCGAGAACAUGAUCUCCACCACAGCAGUCCAAGAGAAGGAGAUCCAGCUCAUGUCCGAAGAAGAAGACAGGAGAAAACACAUCGCGGACCUCAAGGAGCUGUUUCAAGAGAUCAACAUCACCGGCGAUGGCAUUGUGCGAGAGAGAGACCUCACCCGAUUUCUCCGGGACACCUCGAACGCCCAGCAGACUGCCAAGAUGUGCAGAGUCCCUGUACGUCACGUGCAGGAGGUGAUGAAGACCUUGGCCAUCAAUUCGGACAUGAUCCGCAUGGAAGAGUUCGUGGAGUGUUUGCUGGACGUCGGCAACCCGGUCACGGAGAAAUCAACGAUGAGGUUGGAGGCACUUCAUUUGGAGACCAGGACGCAGAAUUGCAGGCAUUUGCAGGUCCUGGAAGAGAACAUGCAGCUGACGAAGCAAACCGUGGAGGAGUGUCACCUGGAAGGCUUCGACCAAGUCCAUCAGCUCGCGGAGACCAGCGCUGUACACGGCGAGGCCAUUGCGCGGCUCCAAACUUCCGUCGAGGCGCUGCAUACCAAGAUGGACUACCUCUGCGAGAUACUUGCCGCGAAGGCGGCGCCAGUUUCUCCAGUGCACGUGGGGGCACAUGUUGCUUUCUAGACCGCUCUUGACCAAUACGGCAGGAGAUGUACGAAUGAUGAAGUCAUUCUGGAAUCUAUUUUUCGGUGCCGGCUUGUGAAACAAGCUGGCAGCGUACUAUGAGCCAGGUGAUUUGACCCCUGGAUGUUGGAUGGGAAAAGAGGGCCGGAGAUGUCACCUCAGAUGUACAGGAUGAGAAAGGAGCAAAUGUACUUUGCUUGCCAAAGUACAUCCGGAAGUGAGUCAGAGUGCAUCGCAAGGUAUCACGGCACCAGCUAUUCCUGGGACUCGCAACCAGUUUCCCGGACUGCAACAUCUUGGCCUCUCCUGGACCGAUGAUUUCGGCGAGUCG